CUUCCACCAUCUCCUCAUACUGUGCUCGUCAACGACGCUUUAAUCAUCCUGCCUCACUUGCAGAGCUCAUUCAUUCGGGAUCGCCUGCAAUGAAGUUCUUCUCCCAGUCCUUCUUGUAUGACGAUCCCUGGUCCAUCGUGUCUCUUGCGUAUUUCCUCCGCUACCCAAAUCCCUACGCAUCGCAUGUCGCCUCCUGCGAUGUUAUUUCCCGCACCGUCACCCCCUCAGGGACCUUAGUCACCACCCGGCUCAUCCUCAAACGUGGCUCGUUACCCAAAUGGGCUCCGCGCGGAAUCAUGUCCAAAGCGGAGAGUUGGAUCAUCGAGGAAAGUGAAGUGGACCCUGUGAACGGAGUUGUACGCUGUACUACGAAGAACCUCGACCAUGUCAAGGUCAUGCGCGUGGAGGAGCACGUUACGCUGAAGCGCACGGACGACAACAAAACCGUCCAGAAGACUGAAGCCCGGUUCAUUUCGAACUUCGGCUGGGGCCUAACGAAACAACUCGAAAACCAUAGUUUGGCUCGCUUCAAAGCGAACAUUCAACGGUCGCGUGAGGGAGUAUCUCUCAUCUUAGGCCUCAUUCGUCAAGCACGUAUGCAGCCAAUGACGUUCGGCCGUUCCAGCUCGUCGUUCCUUGACUUGCACCGGCACUCUUCCGACUGGACGACAGCGCCAACAACAGGAGUGUACACAGAAAAUUCUAGUAGCAAGGGCUCGGACUAAGUUAUAUCAUCGGAACAGCACAAAGGUCGUAAUCCGUGUCCUGCGCCAAGUACAGUUAGUUGGUACGCAGACACCAUCAUUUAGUGUACGUGUAUUCUUUCUUCGUGGUUGUCGCAUGGGUUCUUUUUAAGUAACUAGUGCUAUUGUUGUCACAGUCGCAUUCCGCAUAACUCGUGUACUUUUAGUCGCAAACGUCGAAUUCUGCUCGCUCACCACU